CACCCCUUGAAUCCCAAGAGCGAGCGAACACGCAGCACGGAAAAGGGGAAAAAAAAACCAAACCCUCUCCUCCUCCUACCUCUCCCUCCCCACGCCGCACUCUUCGCCGGCGGCAAAUUCAAGCUGAGGAGCUCGCCACCGAGAGGUCGCGUUCCUUUGGUAUUUUCCGCGCCAGGAUUGCCUCGAUCUUGCCCGCCCAACAAGCAUAAAUUUCUUCCCGUGGAUUAGCUUCUUCGCGAGGGGCGGAGUUCGCCCUCGCCUUCGUGAUGGCGGAUACGAAGGCGGACGCAAAACCGGAAAAUACAGGCGGCGGCGGCGGCGGCAGCGGCUCGUUCAGCGAGCAGGCGUUUGUCGAGAAGCUCAACAAGCUCAACAACACAGCAACUAGGAUCCAGACACUUUCGAAUUGGUGCAUUUUUCACCGAAAGAGAGCCAGAAAGGUUGUUGAUACAUGGGAGAAGCAGUACAAUAGUGCAAAUAAGGAUAAGAAAGUAUCAUUCCUCUAUCUGUCAAAUGAUAUCCUGCAAAACAGUAAACGCAAGGGAGGAGAGUUUGUGAAUGAAUUCUGGAGGGUUCUUCCUGGAUUACUGAAAGAUUUUUAUGUCAAUGGGGGAGAAGAUGGAAAGAAAGUCGUUGGAAGGCUAAUAGGGAUUUGGGAUGAGCGCAAGGUGUUUGGAACCCGUAUUGAAGGUCUGAAAGAUGAAAUUCUUGGUGGCAGUACUCAUGCAGUGGGUAGUAAUGGCAAUAGUUCAAAUCCAAGCUCCAACCCCUCUUCAGUUUCCAAAGCUGUACGGAAAGAUUCUGGUACAACAACAAAAAAACUUACUGUUGGGGGGAUGCCAGAAAAGAUUGUAACUGCAUACCAAUCUGUGCUUGAUCAGCAUUUUGAUGAAGACACAGCUUUAAACAAAUGCAAUAGUGCUGUUAGUUUUUUGGAUAGGAUGGAUAAAGAUGUAGACGAUGCUUGUACUCAAGGUAUUCAGCAAGCAUCACCCUUGAUUUCUGAUCUUCAAGGCCAGGAAGCAGUCCUGAAGCAGUGCAUUGAGCAACUUGAAAGCGUCAACAUGGCUAGAAUAACCCUAAUCAACAAACUAAGAGAAGCCCUCACCGAACAGGAAGCAAAGUCGGAGCUUCUUCGCAAUCAGUUACAUGUUGCUCGAGCAAAGGCUGACCAUGCCAUGCAACUAAGACAACGACUUGGUGUUGCCCUGAACAAUGGUGCAGGGUCUUGUUCCAGUCCACUAAUGGUUACGCUUCCACCAGGACAAACAACUGCCAUGAUGCAGAAUUCAGCAGCAAUGCCAAUAUUUCCCCAGUUUCAAUCACUGCAUCCAGCAACCUCACUUCCUGCCACGUCUAGUGCUGUUGGCGAUGAGCCCAAAAAAACUGCAGCAGCUAUGGCAGAUAAGCUUGCAUCUUUGUCAGCUCCUGAGAAGGUGCUCUCUUCCAUUUUCUCGUCCCUCGCGGCUGAACAAGCAAGGAAUGGUGGUUCAGCUUCUGGAGAUCUCUCUGCAGGACCUCCAGGAUUUGAGAGCAAUAAGAAGCCAAGGGUUGAGAACCCCAUACAUGGCAGUGACAUGGGUGCUUCCUCAUAUUUUGGGCAAGUGCCACAGGUGCAACAACAGAUUGGAGCAACGCCUGUUCUUGGAGGCACACAGGCAAACCAAGCACCUGGUUCAUUUCCACCACCACCGCCUCCAUUACCUCUUCUGCCACAAUUCGGUCAAAAUACUGGAGGAAUGUUUGGAAUUGGACCUUUUGGGAUGGUGAGCGGCUCUGCUCCGCCUCCGCCUCCACUGCCCAACAUUAUGUCAGCAGGCUUUCCAAGACCAAGUGGACUGCCACCUCCACCUCUGCUUUCACAAUCUCAGAACCAGAGCCAGCCCCAGCAGCAGCAGUCUCCGCAGGCACCACAGCAAUCACCGACCUCAACUGGAUUUUUUCCACCACCAGGUGCUGGGUUCUUCCCACCAGUGCAGGUUCAGCAGUCUCCAUCUGUCCAACGGCAAUGAUGAUUCUACAACAAUUGUCAGGUUAUAAAGGAAGCACCUUGUGCUAACUUUGUAUAUUAAGAAUAAUCCCCAAGGAUUGGUCUGAUAUAUAGUUGGCGAGUCAUGUGUCGUGAAGCAGGAUUAAUGCUUAUGAAUUGGGAAAAUUUGUAGGAUAGGCUUGCGGCUUAUGCGAUGUAUAACUGUUCCUUUUGGUCUGAAGAGUUUGUUGAACUCUUGGUUAUGUGAAGUAGCUUAGACUUUUCUCUCUUUUGCAUAGCCUGAUCUUAUUAGUCCUGAGACAAACAAGCGUUGGCAUUACAUUGUUACUUGAAGAGCUGCCCAAGUGAGAACCUUUUUUGGGCUCCUCAUGGGUAGAACUUACCUGUGGUUUUGUUAGUUUGCUAGAGAAGCCACAUAUCCAUAUAUAUAUCUUUACCUGAAGCUGUUAACUGCAAAUAUUUGUCACGUUCAAGUUUAUUUGUUCAUUUAUUUUAUUAA